AACGGUUCAGUGGGAAAAGAUCCCAUAGUACCGCAGUUGGCAGGCCCGAACGAACAACUCUACGAUUAUCGUGCCGCCUCUACACCAGCAGGAAGACUGUAGAUGUCUCGCAGCCAAGCGAUCUGGCAGCUCUAUCGGACGACCGCCAGAUUGAAAACUUACAGUUACAUACCAACACAAUGGUUCUUCCAUCGAGAUCCAAGACCAUGCUGCUUCCCUUUGUCGUCAAGCGUUGCCACAAGCUCUUGACAUUCCUGGUCUUUGCAUCGGCAAUAUAUUUCGCUUGGAGGACCUGGCGGGCGGCGGCAAGAUUAGGAUUGGCGGAAACUACGUGGUUACAAAGUGCCUCUAGGGAUGCGGACUGGAACGUUUUCGGCUUGCCUCCCUCCGCACAGCAAUGGAAUUCGGCACCUCCGCCUCAAGCAUUGACUCCCCCUCGUGAACGAAGAAAUAGAUGUGCGAUCAAUCUGUACGGUCUUCCCCGAUCGUUUGCGCCAAUCGUCCUUCCUGCACUCAGGCGAAACGUCAUUGAACCUAACGCAAAACAUUGUUGCGACUAUUUUGUGCAUUAUUAUCAAGUCACGGAGGAAAAGGCGGGUCGCUCCGGUAACGGAGGUACAAUUAAUCCAGAAGCCAUUCGACUGCUCCGACAAGCGGUGCACGAUGUUCACAAUGCUACCGGCAGUGGUGACGUUCUUCCUAAGGUGGAGUUUCGUUUCGACACCGAUGAUGCCUUUUGGAAUCAGUACCAACCCCUCAUCGAUCGAAUACGCAAUACAAAGGACGAUGAAGGCCGGUAUUUGUACUUCCCUUGGCAUUCUAAGGAUUACAUCUAUCCUACCGCUACCGACAACAUUAUCAAAAUGUGGCAUAGUGUCCAGGCGGCGUGGAAUUUGAUGAAAGCUCACGAAAUAGUGCCGUACACCCGCGUAGCCAUGCUGCGCUCGGACGUCGUCUUUAUGACCCCUAUUGAUGUGUAUAUGGUUAACGGAAAGACAGAUGCACGCAACACCAAAGCCAUCAUUCCAGCUUUUGGGCGUCACCCAGUUAGUGAUCGGUUUAUUUGUGGCCCCGCCGCCGCCGUCGAAAUCUGGGCAAACCAGCGAUUCGCUAGAAUGGAAAAUCAUGUCCAAUUAAUGCUGAAAGUCAAACCCGGCUUUGGCAUGCACUCGGAGCGAUUUAUGUACCAUACCAUUUUCCCCGCUAUACGCGAAAAAGGCGUGCAGAUAGUCGAAGACAACAAGAUGUGCUUCGUCCGUGCUCGGGCUGACGAAACGGUCUGGAUUGACGAUUGUGAAAACCCACGGCGCGUCAUCGCCGCAAAAUCGAUUGUUGCCCGCAUGGGAGACAAAAUGAGUCGAUUAGAGCAAGCACUGGGCCGUGCGUGCACAACCUCAGCUGAGAAAAUUCACAAUAUGUGGGUUCAGGAUGUUGCGAAUUGCUCGUCAACAAAAUAGCGCUUGUGGGAGAUCUGUCUCGAUGGAUGUACGUUCGGUUUUGCGACUUUAUUGAGCACUCAAGAAUAUCGAAAGAAGGUCUGGUCUGUCUGCUGUCUCACAGAGCUACAUCCCAAUACAUGAGUACGCGUUGCUUACUGCAAAGCUAAACGGAGUCUAUUGCCAAGCUUAUGCUUGCGCGGACUGUCUCCUAGACAAAGUAUACAACCAUAGUUGGGAGGGUGAGAAUGGAACAAAGCAUAAACAUGAUCAAAUACGAAGGGAACGACAACAUGUUUAAGGUCCUGAAAACUACCUCAUCACUCAGUUUGUGGAGCAGUCCCAUUGGGAGCGAGAAUUCUUAAAGGAAACAGAAAACCAAAUUCAUUGUGCACUGUCAGUCUCAUAGAAAGUGAACUACUAGAGGAGCUGUCUAGUUCGAA